AUGACAUGGAAGAAGGAUUGUUAUCUUCUACCUGGCACAAUCAGAGAUGCAGUUGAAUCACAAUCACAUUCAAGAUUCAACAUUGACAACAUCGAUCGUUUGUUACUCGUUCAUCCAUUCAAUGGCGUGCUUGAUACACCAGGGUCACUUCCAGACUCGAUCACUCAACUGUCAAUCUCAUCAAGCAGAGACAUCAGCAUUGCGCCGGGCGUACUACCCGAAUCCCUCCUCACACUAGAACUUGGACAGUUCAAACGUGACCUCCUACCUGGUAUACUUCCCAACUCGCUUACCAACUUGAACUCACCCAAGUUCAACCAGCCAUUCAUUGCUGGUGCUCUCCCUGCCUCACUGCGUUCACUUAGACUAGACACGUUCGAUCAUCCCAUACCCAUUGGUGUGCUACCCGAUUCGCUCAUAGAUUUGCAUCUCUCAGUAUUCGAUCAUAUACUGGAACCCUCUUCGCUCCCCGCAUCACUCAGAAGUUUGACACUGGGUCUAUUCAACAAGGAGUUACUGCCAGGUGUCCUACCAACCACGCUCGCUCACCUUUCGUUGGGCUUCAACUUCAAUCAAUGUAUUGUCGCAGGAUCUCUGCCAGACUCUUUGACCUCUCUUCAUUUUGGAAAUGACUUCAAUCGACCAUUCUACCCUGGUGUGCUGCCUGAAUCAAUCACGUAUCUCUCAUUCGGGAGUGCCUUCUGCCAGCCUCUACUAGAGGGCGUGCUUCCUUCCUCCCUCACCCGACUGAUCUGCCAAGGCAGGCCUGACCCAGGUCAUCCAUGGACACUGCCCAACUCACUCAAGAACUUGGAAACAAACUACUUCAUCCCCUGCUCACUACACCCUUCAUUGGACAACUUGACAGUUGGGCUUGACUUGGACGAUCCCCUCACACCAGGAUCACUACCCCAGUCUCUCGCAUUCUUCUCAUUGGUCAGCUAUAGCCAUACUCUGGCAUGUGAUGUGCUGCCCAACUCACUGAUAGAGCUAUCCCUUAACAACUAUGAUCAUCCACUGUUGCCUGGAGUGCUGCCUUCAGUCUUCCUCACAAUACUCACACUCGAGGUCUUCAAUCAACCACUUACGCCAGGGUGCCUUCCAGAGUCACUGCUCGAGCUGACACUGGGCCAUGAGUUCAACCAAGAACUACUGCCAGGAUGUCUACCAUCAUGUCUCGAGAAACUGAGGAUUGGCACAUCAUUCAAGAAGGAACUGGUGCCGGGCAGUCUCCCAGCUUCUUUGAGGACUCUAAGUCUCAGCCAAUCCUACAAUCAACCUCUCGCCUCUGGUGUCUUGCCACCAUUGCUUACAGAACUUAUACUGCCUGGCUCAAACAAUCAAGUUGAGGCCAAUGCAUUACCAAUGGGCCUUGUAAUACUGCGAACAAAUCUACGUUCACUUGUCGACUGUAUGCCCGAGUCUGCCAUGGAAUUGUCUCUAUUGACCCAAUUCAAUAGUCAAUCAAAGUUCAAGCCACCAAAGAAUGUUAGACUGGACACCCUAUCCACAAUGAUAAGGAGCAGGUCUGAUGUGAGCAAACUAUUGUCCACAUUCCCCAACGUCAACACCUACAAAUUACAUGGACAUGGUCGCGGAUGGACCAUCCGCUCACUCAGUCCAAGACUUUUGUUGGCGAUUGUAAACCAUGAGAGCUACUCAUCCCCAGACUGCUCGAUGACAUACAGCAUUGGAGCGAAUGAUGGACCCAAGCUUGCGCAUACCGCCAAGGUGUCGUGGUCAUUGAUCAAGAUCAAAUAA